AUGCUGAGACGGCUGCAGAGGACCUUUUCUUUCUUGCCUCAUCCCGUUUCUCAUUCUUUUUCUUCUCCUUGCUUUCUGUCACCUGCUUUCUGUCACACAGGACUCAUCAUCCCAUCCUUUCAAGAUCCUCAUAAUGGGAGGGACAUUAAGGAACUCUCCGUAUAUGGAAUAGAGGCGCCUGCGAUCCCGAGAUCUCCAUUCAAAAGCCUCGUCCACCGUCGCUGAAAUUGAGUAGCCACUUAAGGCUCACUUGUGAGGGAGGGGAGACACUCAGUAUCAAAGCUCUUAAACAACAGAGAGAGAGAGUGAGAGAGAAAAAGAGAGAAAAAAGUGUGUGUGUGUGUUUGAGGAAGAGAGAGAGAGAGAGAGAGAGAGAGCAGUAAAGCAAGAUUUGCCUAUCUUGCAAUUUCAGAGACGGUCAUCACAAUUUAAUAAGAAUCUGAAAUCAUCUUUAGUCAGUGUGUGUGUGUGCAAGCCAGCAGGCUUACCGUAAAAUGAUUUUAUGAAGAGGAGGACGCUGCAGGAAAAAGGCUCCGAGGAGAGAAUCUGAAUAUACUUCGGGUCCGGUUAAGGGGCCCUUUUCUUUUCAUGGUUAGAAACAAGUUCGCCAUGUGAUGACAAAUGGCAUCGGAUGUGCUCUCGGCUGUCCAGUGGAACUGUUGCGAGUUUUUCUCCCUAACGACGACGAUGAUGAAAUUUGCCUGAACUCGAUCACCUUGCAGGAACAUUGCCCUGUGGGUUACAUGGACAGACAGGCUGAAAAAGAAACCCAAACAGCUCGAAUGAUUAGUUCGGAAAUUUUAUUCCUCUCACUUCAAGAAAGUUCAGAGAGAACCCCUCAGGGUCCAACACCAUUCUCUCUACUACACCAUUCUCUCUGCUCUCAACAUAAUCUCUUUUCUGGUUAAAAAAAAAAUCUGUAGUAAUAAAUAACCAAAAAAAUGGCUGCCGGAGUUGCGACAUGGUUACCCUUUGCUCGGGCAGCGGCGGUUGGCUGGCUUCCUCUGGCCAAAAAGACUAUGCCCAAACCCCCUGUCGAUAAGAAGAGCCGCAGUGAUGAGAUCCUGAUAGUGAACGUGAGCGGGCUGCGCUUCCAGACGUGGAAAAACACCCUGGACCGUUAUCCCGACACCUUGCUGGGAAGCUCUGAAAAGGAAUUCUUCUAUAAUGAAGACACUCAGGAAUAUUUCUUUGACAGGGACCCGGAGAUGUUUCGGCACAUCCUCAACUUCUACCGCACAGGCAAGCUGCACUACCCACGGCAGGAGUGCAUUCAAGCUUUCGACGAGGAGCUGGCUUUCUACGGCAUUGUCCCGGACAUCAUCGGGGACUGCUGCAUGGAAGAGUACCGUGACCGCAAAAAGGAAAACCAGGAGAGACUGGCUGUGGACACAGAGGCAGAGAUGGUGACAGACCAACCUUUACCUCCAAACAGCACACCUCGCGAGCGCUUAUGGCGAGCUUUCGAGAAUCCUCACACCAGCACAAUGGCUCUGGUGUUCUACUACGUCACAGGAUUCUUCAUUGCCGUCUCGGUUAUCGCUAACGUAGUAGAGACCGUGCCGUGCCGGGCACCCAAAGGCAGCCAAAAGGACUUGCCGUGUGGUGAGAAGUAUUCCGUGGCCUUCUUCUGCAUGGAUACGGCAUGCGUGCUCAUUUUCACGUUCGAGUACCUGAUGAGGUUAUUCGCCGCCCCCAGCCGCUGCAAGUUCAUGCGCUCGGUGAUGAGCGUCAUCGAUGUCGUGGCCAUCAUGCCCUACUACAUCGGCUUGGUCAUGCCCGAGAACGAGGACGUGAGUGGUGCUUUUGUCACGCUUCGUGUCUUCCGAGUCUUCCGAAUCUUCAAGUUCUCGCGCCACUCACAGGGCUUGCGCAUCCUUGGGUACACGUUAAAGAGCUGCGCCUCUGAGCUUGGCUUCCUCCUCUUCUCCCUCACCAUGGCCAUCAUUAUCUUCGCCACAGUCAUGUUCUAUGCUGAAAAAGGCACCAAGGAAUCCAACUUCACCAGCAUUCCAGCCUCCUUCUGGUACACCAUUGUCACUAUGACAACGCUGGGAUAUGGAGACAUGGUUCCUAGCACCAUCGCCGGCAAAAUCUUCGGCUCCAUCUGCUCUCUGAGUGGCGUCCUGGUGAUUGCACUUCCUGUUCCUGUCAUAGUGUCCAACUUCAGUCGCAUCUACCACCAGAACCAGAGAGCUGACAAGAUGCGAGCCCAGCAGAAAGUGCGUCUGGCCAGGAUUCGCUUGGCUAAGAAAGGAAUCACUAAUGCUUUCCUGCAGUACAAAGAUGAAGGGGGACUACAGGAUCAUGACGGUGACAGUGGCGCUCUGUGUCUGAAGAACAGAUCGUCCUUCGAGCACCAGCACCACCAUCUGUUACACUGCCUGGAGAAGACUACGAACCACGAAUUUACUGAUGAACUGACCUACAGUGAGAUGUGUAUGGCAGAGUCGGUGGGCUUCCGUACCAGCCGCAGCACAUCAAUCUCCAGCCAACAAGGCGUCUCGACCUCUUGCUGUCCUCGCCGGGCCAAGAGGAGAGCCAUUCGCCUGGCCAACUCCACCGUAUCAGUGAGCCGUGGCAGCAUCCAAGAGCUUGAUACUCUGCAUGUCCACAAGAGCCCGUCUGGUCCUCAGAGUCGAUCAAGCCUCAAUGCCAGGACAGAAGACCUGAAGUUAAACUGUGAGCAGCGAGACUUCACGGCAGCCAUCAUUAGCAUCCCGACUCCUCCAGCCAACACGCCUGAUGAAAGCCUGCCAUCGUCGCCUGCCAUCCCGGGCAUCCUGCGAAACUCCCGCUGCUCCUUCAGUCACGAGGCCGUCAAGAUCUCGUCCUUAUAACAAAACCGCCUCCAAGCACAGAGCUUUCCUCCAAUGCACAAACGGGAAGGAGGGAGCUUUUCAUGUCAGACUUGACUGUAUCACCAAAAUAUCAUCCCAAGAUACAAUGCAUUUGACAAAGGCACCCAGCUACAGCUUCAUCCCAAACUGAAAGCUCCCUCGAGGUUCUGCUAGGAAAAAAAUAAUCAGCAGGAACUGAGACGUGAACCGAAGAGGGUUUAAUUGCAGCCUUUUUUGGAGGACUGUUUGAUGGGCAUUUAUGAAAUUAUGUUUCUUUCACAGAUCUGCAUUGGGUGUUCUCCCUUUCUUGGGAUAAAAAUGACAGGAAAUUGAGAAAAAAAACUGUUCCACGAUUAUUUUUUUUCUUUGUUUGUUUGGGUAUUUUUUUUUUUUUUUUUUGAUGAAAACAAUAUUGGAUAUCAUGGAUGACUUAGUGUGUGCAAUCACAGGGCCAGUAUUAAGAGUAUGAAGACAGAACUAUAUUCCUAUAAAGAUAUAUCUUUAGAGAGGAAGACAUACAAAUACUGUAUCCUGCAAUAGAUGCAUUCACCAAAAAAAAAAAAAAAACCUAUGGAUAUUAUGGUUGAGACUCAGCAGGUCAGUAUAUGUAUAUGUAUCAUAAUUUGUAUCAUACUUCACAUGCAUCCUUCAACCUUACCAAAAAAAAAAAAAAAGGUCAUCAGUGCCACCCUACUCAGACAUGCAUGUUAUUGUGCAGUAGAUUGCAGAGAACGGAGCAGCUAAUGCUAUUCCCACCUAUUUUUUCCGCAUGAGAAUCCCCUCAACCAUUUUGUUUUGUCCUAUUUUAUUACCUGAUGUCAUUAAAAAAAGGAAGAAAAAAAAAACAUUUAUAGAAUAUUACAGAUCCAAAAGUGCACAGUAACUUUAAAAAAUUAUAAAGAAAAAAAACAAAAAAACAAAAAACAUUCAGGCAUGACUCUUUGCAAAAUUCUCUGUCUGGACAUACGAGGGUAUAUGCAGGGGGGUGAUGGGAGGGAUGAUGGUAAAAAAGGAUUUUGUGUACAUUAAUCACCAAUAUGCAUGGAUACCGUUAUAGGUAUGGUUUUCUUUUUCCUUUUCUUUUUGCAUUCAUUGCUCCUUUGGUAAGUCGACGGCAUUUUACUGUAUGUCAUUAAGAACGAAAGGGGGAUGAAGGGAUUUGCUACUUUAACUGAAUCCAUAAUUUAAUACAUUUAUGGGAUUAAUUUAAUUCCAUCUCAGUUGGCCUUGUGAUUAUGUGGAUUAUUAUUAUUAUUAUUAUUAUUAUUAUUAUUUUUUAAAAUGUCUGUGACGCAUCAGUGCUGCCAGUCUUUAAUAUGUGCACUUUAAUACAGUACGUUCUCAUUUAACUGCUUAUUUUAUGAUUUUCUGAUGAUUCACAUGCAGCAAUGAAACUGGCAAUAAAAAUGUAAUUAUUUUAGUAAAAAGUGUUUAAUAUUCCAUAAAACUACUUGCACUUGACCGUGAGGACAAAUGUACUCUGCGACUCCGUUUACAGGCAUCGAUCCAGAAUUAUUUUUUACUUUUGUUGGUUUGUUUGUUUGUUGGUUUGUUUGUUUGUCUGACUGUUUGCCGCCGGUUGUAUUUGGAGCCAUAAGGUAGUGAGCUUGGACAUGCUGGGACAGCCGCCUCCACUUCAGCGUACACAGACUGUAUGGACACGAAUGCAGUAGGAGGACGAAGGAGAGUGUUAGAUCUGAAAAGCACAGAGGUGUACAGUCUAUUCCACCAAUAAAGUG